GUCCACAGUCCACCGUAAGCUAAAGCCACCAAGCGCCGACCAUCUUCAUCAAGCCAUGGACAUGACCGGCUCCGACCAAUGGAGUUCCCCUUCCUUGUCCUCAUCCUCGCACGAGCAAGGGGCGGCGGUGUGGGUGACCCCGCCGAAGCGCCCCGCGGGGAGGACCAAGUUCAAGGAGACGCGCCACCCGGUGUACCGCGGCGUGCGGCGCCGCGGCAACGCCGGCCGAUGGGUGUGCGAGGUGCGCGUGCCCGGCCAGCGCGGCGAGCGGCUCUGGCUCGGGACCUACCUCACCGCCGAGUCUGCCGCGCGCGCGCACGACGCCGCCAUGCUCGGGCUGCUCGGCCGCUCGGCCUCCGCCUGCCUCAACUUCGCCGACUCCGCGUCGCUCCUCCGCGUGCCGCAGGCGCUGUCCGACCUGGCGGCUGUCCGGCGCGCGGCCCUCGCCGCCGUCGCGGGCUUCCUGCGCCGUGAGGCCGCCUGUGGUGCUGCCACCGUCCCAGCAGAGGAGGCCACCUUCAGCGCGUCCGCAGAAAUUGCCGACGGCUCGUCAGCGACUCUGCAGCCUUAUGCCGAUGGGAUGAUCGAGGUGCCGGCCGCGCUGGGCAGCGACAUGUUCGAGCUGGACAUGUCCGGGGAAAUGGACCUGGGCACGUACUACGCGGACCUCGCGGAGGGACUGCUGCUGGACCCGCCGCCGCCGGAGCACAGCAGCGCGUGCUGGGACACCGGAGACGGCGGAGCUGACCCCGCGCUCUGGAGCUGA